GGAAUUUGAUGUCAACAAGGCGGAAAAUAUGCUGCGGGAGGACAUGAAAUGGCGGGUAGAUAGAAACAUCGGAUCCAUCACGAAGACGUACAAGAGUUCGGAAGUGGUGCGGCGGUACUUCCCGGGCGGCCUGUUCCAUCACGACCGGGGCGGCCGGCCCGUCUGGAUCCUGCCCUUCGGAGACGGUGACUUCAAAGGAAUGCUUCAGUGCGUGCCCCAGGAGCAGCUCGUCGAUGAGGUGGUGUACACGCUCGAGAGGAUUGAAGAGGAGAAGCAGAAGCAGGUCGAAAAGUUGGGGCAGAUCGAGGACUCAGUGACCAUGGUAUUCGACUAUGACCACCUUUCCCUCCGGCAAGUGUACAGCUUGCAAGUGAUCAGCUACCUACGUGCUCUGAUGGGGCUUUACGAGAACCACUACCCUGAAACUCUGCACCGAGCACUAAUCAUCAACGCACCCAGCUUCUUUCCGCUCUUUUGGAGGCUCAUCAGUCCCUUCCUGACGCAGAGAACGGUCAACAAGGUGCUCAUAUAUGCCAGAGAGGGCUGGCAAUCGGCGCUUUUCGAGUACGUGGACCCCAACCAGCUGCCAGCGUACUGGGGAGGAACGCUUCGCGGUGCAGACGGCGACCCUAAGUGCUCAGACACGGUGCGUCCUCAUUUGAUGUCUGCCGUCGUUGGCACGGGGGGCAACAACUUUCGUCAUAUUCAAAUGCUCUCCCGGCAAAAACUAAAAAAAAAAAAAAAAAAAUUGGAACGCUGUUUUUUGAAUUGGUAA